AUGGCUUCAACAGCAGUGUACAUGUGUACCCACUUGGGCUUACUGUCAGUUAUUUUGAAUCUGUUUGUCAUUGUCGCACUUGUGAGGAAUCGUCGACGAGUUCUAAUGAAUGUUUUCUAUGUAAUUGUUUUACAUUGUGCAAUUCUGGAUGUGGCACGGGGAUCAUGUCUUGUCAUAUAUGGCUUACCAUCUUUAGUGCAAUCUGUAUAUAAAAUGAUGGAUUCAACGUUACAGUUAACAACGAACGUCAUACUGUUCAGGGCAUCCGCAUUUGCUUUAGUUAUAUUAAGAAUAUGCAAUUUGUUAACAAUUUUCAAUCUUCUCGUAUUCACACUGAAUGAAUUCAUCGUCAUCACCUAUCCAUUACAUUACCGGCGAUAUUUCCGUCGACGUGUUGUCCUUGUUAUUUUAUGCUGCUGUUGGAUUGUCAGCAUAAUUAUGGGCAUGGGAUUGCUUUUCCCGAAAUCUUCUCUCAAUUUAGCGACAUCGUCGGACGAUAUAUGGCAUAUCGAUGUUGCUACGUUAAGUAUGCUAACUAUAUCUGUUUUAUGUGUUCUGGUACUUUUCGCCGUCAUGGUCUGCUAUGGCUUCAUCUUACGCACAAUUCGCAAAUUCAAAGAUGAGAAUGGCUCAAUGAAUACCGAAGAUAGUCAUCGUCAUAAUAAUGGAAGUAAUCGUGUUCAUCGUACUAUUAAUGGAACGUCUUCAAACUGCUCUAAUGGAGCUUCUAAUGGAAGCAGAAGCCGUAAAUUCAAAUUACAAGCUGUUCAAAGACAUAAAUAUAUUUAUGUUAUUGGAUCAGUGCUUAUGGUUGAUCUACUUUUCUUAUGUCCUUAUUCAGGAAUCCAGAUAGUUUCAUUUUUGCAUAUCAAUGGCUUUUUGCAAAUAACUCAUAGCAGCACAUUCAUCCGUUGGUGGCUUCAGGUUCUUAUUGGUGUUCAUUCUGUGUGCCAACCUCUUUGCUAUUUCCGAAUGACAGAAUUCAGAAGAUUGGCUUGUUGUGGAAGUCGUAAGCAAUGGAAUCGCUCUAAAAGUUAUUCCCAGCUCAACCGAAGCUUUGCGAACACUCGAUCUGUUAACCGCGAUGAAGAGGAACAAAAAGAAGAAGACGCUACAACCAUGUUCCCUGAAGACACAAUGCUUCUUAAAGAAGGACAAAGAACACCCCUCUCAUCCGAUCGUUCUCGUUCCCCAACUGUAGGUCACAAUUGGUCUCGUGCCGAAUCAGUUCGUUUCCGAACAUAUGGGAAUGACUAUGCUCAGCCAGUAAAAGUUGUAAAUGCUGGACCAACACCUCCAUCUCGUGCUUCAUCGACCACAUCUGAUAAGACAGCUACUGUGGAUAUCUUAGAAAUGAAAGAGUUUGGAUAA